AUGACCAUCGCGGUCCUGGCGGCCACCACGACUAAGACGAAGCGUCGUGAACCGCUGGGGACGAUUGGGAUGGCGGCUUCUCAGGCGCAAUCGCGUCCUGCGUCCUCUGCGUCGGGCCGAAGUCGAGGGGAACGGAGGACGACACGUCUGAGUGCGACUCAGCAGGGACUCGAAGAGGACACGGGCAAGGAUGCGAAACGAAAAGCUGACUACGAGGAAGACGAGGAAGGGUUUCAAUUCUCUCGAAUGCCGUCCAAGAAGUCCAAGCCAUCAGUCGAACCAGUUCCCGAACUCCCCCUUCAGAUGCAGAGAACGCGCGUCCAAAACCCGCCAGCAAAAGAGGCAGCCGCCGAGCCUGUGAAUAGGAGACCGACGAGGGGGGCCGCAAAGACCGCAUCCACCGAAACAGAACCUCAGUCAGCAAAUGCCUCUCGCUCAUUAAGGAAUCGCGAUCCCCCAGAGGUGCCACCCGAAGAGAAGAAGCGGAAGAAGGGUCGGCCAGGAAGGCCCAAGGUUUAUGAACCAGAACCGAACGGAUUCAAGUCCCCGGAGCAACCAACAGCAGGCACCAAAGUAGCGCUGCCCGCGGCUGAUACUCCGGUCAUUCAACGGAACAAGGAAUUGAGGGGAGGGAAUAAACCAGAAAAGGGGCGACGGCGAAGUAGUUUGGGGAUGCGGGGGCGAAGAGCCAGCUCCUUGAUUGACUCGGGGACAUCCAACGCUUUACCCCAUAGAGAGGUCGGCACUGCUGACUUCUAUAAGCACAUCGCCGAUGAUGGGCUCUCUGAGCCACGGAGGAUGCGACAACUGCUGAUCUGGUGUGCGACACGCGCGAUGGGAGACAAGCCGUCAGGGUCUCACUCGGAGGACCAAAGUGCCCGAUUAGCAGCGCGUGUGAUUCAAGAAGAGCUGUUAAAAGAAUUCUCGUCCAACUCGGAGCUCUCCAACUGGUUUGAUCGCGAAGACGUGAACCCUCCUGCAGUAGUCGUCAAGAAGCCGAAUCCGCGGAACGUGCAGAACACCGAUAAGAUCAAGGAGUUGGAACAGCAAAUACAAAAACUUCAACGAGAAAGGCAUGCUCUAAAUGCACUGAUCCGACAGCCAACGAUCCCACGCAUCGAUGCAGCACCCGAUGCACAAUCCGACCUGCCCAAGACGCAACGACCUGCCUCGAAAUCAAAGCGCGACCCCAUCGAUCCCUCCCUCCUCGACGCCUCCCAGCACGCCAUAUUGGCACUGCUGGAUCCCUCCACUCAGUCUCCGGAAGGAGAUUCAUCUACCUCUCCCGCUCCUCAACCACCUUUAACCCCCUCAGCCGUUUCAUCACGACUAUCCCGGAUCACCACCGGCCUCGCACCCACGCUUGAUACCUUUGCAGCCGGCAUGCACGACAUCGAAUUAUAUCGCGCCACAUCCGAUACCGUGUCCUCGCGAAUACUGCACGUCUGUGCACGGCGCCUAGAAGAGCGCGACGCACACAACACCCAGCGGCGACUCGCAAUUGAAGGCAGCGACAGCGAGAAAAGGCCACGCCAUCCAACCACCGCCCCGCCCCGCCAGGAUCUGGGUCUGAUCCUGGGCGCGCUGAGUCGAGUCGAGCGACGAUGA